AUAUACACCGGCCACGACAGUACUGUCUCCUUCUCUUCAGUCAAACUUGAAAAAAAUGGCUGCAUACGACCUCACACAGCGGAUGAUCCCCUAUCUGGAUCGGCAUCUGGCCAUCCCAUUACUUGCACAUUUGAGCGAGACACACCUUUUCCCGGCAAAGCAGCUCCAGGAGGCACAGUAUGAGCUCGCGAGGCGGACGAACAUGGUGGACUAUUCUGUUACUCUGUUCGAGCAGUUGCACCCAGAUGAAGAAGUUCCCGAAGAGUUUACUGCGAAGCGGAGUAACAUCGAGACCACCAAUGACCGACUACAAAAAGAGGCUCAGGUUGUUCUGGAAGUGAUUGAGAACCGUGAUGUUGCGCAGGCCAUGCGACAGGACAAGAUGCAGAAUUUGACUUACCUACGAGAAAAGCACAACCUGAUGCCCGAGCAAAUCAACGCACUGUAUCAUUUUGGCCAGUUCCAGUACACGUACGGAAACUACAGCGGUGCCGCGCAGUUCCUGUAUCAUUUCCUCGUACUCUCCACGGACCCAGAACUCAAUCUCUCCGCCCAAUGGGGCAAGCUCGCGUCCGAUAUCCUCUCCGGUAGUGACUGGCAGACCGCAAAAGAGGAGCUCGACCGGAUGCGGGAAGCUAUCGAUAACCGCGCCUCACCGCUUGUGUCGAACUCUGCCUCCGGUGUGGGUAUCGACAGCGCGAGCUCCCAAGCGCUCGGCCAGCUGCAGAGCAGGACGUGGUACCUCCACUGGAGCCUGUUCGUCUACUUCAACCACCCCGAGGGCCGCCACGCCCUGCUUGAAGUCUUCCUCUCCCCCGCAUACCUCAACACGAUUCAGACGUCCUGCCCUUGGAUCCUGCGCUAUCUCGCCGCUGCGUCCGUCAUCUCACGGAAGACCGCAACGAGCGGAAGAAUCCGGCACUCGGUAAAGGAGGUCGUCCGUGUGAUCCAGAUGGAGAACUAUCAGUAUCACGACCCCAUCACGGACUUCCUCAAGAUGCUCUAUGUCGACUUUGACUUCGAAGCUGCUCAACGGGAGUUGGGAGAAGCAGAACGCCUGAUUGAGAACGACGUCUUUCUACAGAACUUCAAGGAUGAGUUCUUGGAUAACGCGCGUUACUUUAUCUCAGAGGCAUACUGCAGGAUACAUAGGCAGAUCGAUAUUGCUGACCUCUCAGCUCGCCUGAACCUCUCUCGGGAAGAAGGCGAAAAAUGGAUCGUAAACCUGAUCCGCGACACACGCAUGGGCGCAGAUGCCAAGAUCGACCUCUCGAGGAACAUAAUCGUGAUCGAAAAGCCUUUCCCGCCUGUGUAUCAGAGCGUGAUCGAGCGCACGCGCGGGCUGAGUUUCAGGACUCAGGCUUUGGGGGUGGCGAUGCAGAGGCGGGCACAGGGGGAAGGGGCCCAACAGGGUAAAGAGGGUGGGGAGAGGAGGGGAAGGGGCGAGAGGGGUGAGAGGAGGGAGAGGAGACCCCAACCACAGGAGGGUAGAGAGACGGAGCAGGUCGUCCCCCCGACCCCGGCACCGGUUGAGGUUGCCUAG